AUGCAGAUUCCGUCGCCAAAGCGUUCAGACAAGUCCCCAGCGCCACCGGCAUCGACCUCCACGACCUCUCUCUCUAACACUUCCAGGGGUCAGAUACAUGUCAAGCUCAUUCAGGCAAGGGGUCUGAACGUGCUCUCCUCAAUGGCGAGGCCGUAUGUCGUCGUUCAGUUCGAGCAGAACGAGUUUGUCAGUCGUGAUCCUACAGACGAAGCAGACAAGGAGGUCAAGGGCGUUCCUAUUUCUCGCGUAUGUUCAGGUUCAGCGCUCAGUGCCCUCGCAAAGGCGUCGGGCAACCCCCAUCCACCUUCUCCCUCUUCCUCGGUCGGAUCUCGCUCAUCCGCGAAUAGCAGCGGCAACGGCUCAACUGGGGGCCUAUCUGGCCGCAUGUCGUCCCACAAUCCUGUCUGGAAACACGAGGUUUCCUUCGACGUCACUUCCGAGGCCUCCCUCAUUACCUUCAACGUGUACGAUCGUUCAGUCGAUGACCUCGGUUUUCUUGGCACCGUCCAGAUUAAACCGGUACUCAUACAUGAACAUUCCGUUGACCAAUGGUACAAGCUACUACCUUUUGAGAACGAGGUCGUGUCUGGCGAAAUGCGGGUGCAGAUAACCUUCGAGCAGUACAAGGUCAAGCGAGCCCUUACUCCUCGUGACUUUGAGUUCCUCAAGCUCAUAGGACGUGGGACGUUUGGCAAAGUCUUCCAGGUCCGGAAAAAGGAUACCAAACGCAUAUACGCUAUGAAAGUCCUCUCUAAAAAAGAGAUAAUAGCCAAGAAAGAAGUCGCCCAUACUAUUGGCGAGCGCAAGAUCCUUCAACAGUCUCUUGAAUCACCUUUCCUUGUUGGCCUCAAGUUUUCUUUCCAAACUGAUCAGGAUCUUUAUCUGGUCACUGAUUUCAAGAGUGGUGGGGAGUUAUUCUGGCAUCUGCAGCGAGAAACGAGAUUCCCUUUGGAUAGGGCUCGGUUUUACAUCGCAGAACUGGUGCUUGCGUUGGAGCAUCUACACAAGUAUGAUAUUGUCUAUCGCGAUCUCAAGCCGGAAAACAUCCUACUGGACGCGACAGGGCAUGUCGCGUUGUGUGACUUCGGGUUGAGCAAGGCGGAUCUGAAGCCUGACGAGCUCACGACAACAUUUUGUGGUACCACCGAGUACCUUGCACCAGAAAUUCUGCUGGAUGAGCACGGCUACUCCAAGAUCGUUGAUUUUUGGAGUCUUGGAGUAUUGCUGUUCGAAAUGUGCUGUGGUUGGAGUCCGUUCUAUGCCGAGGACACCCAACAGAUGUAUAAGAACAUCUGCUUUGGCAAGAUCCGUUUCCCUAAAGGCGUAAUCAACGAAGAGGGAAAGCAGUUUGUGAAAGGGCUUCUCAAUCGGAAUCCAAAACACCGACUAGGCGCGACGCGCGACGCAGCUGAUCUCAAGGAGCAUUCGUUUUUCUCCUGUAUCGAUUGGAAUGCUCUCAGCCUCAAACAGGUCACGCCACCCUUUAAGCCUGUUGUCGAGAGCGACGAAUCAACGGCCAAUUUUGAUCCCGAGUUUACGACCGCCGAUCUUUCCCAAGUCGGGGUUGAUGGUAUGGACGAGAAUGACCCAUCGGAAGAUUGGGUGAUGAGUGGCAGCUAUAUAGGUAGCGUUCACACACCCAAUGGUCCUUUGGGUAGUGAGCGCAAUGGUUCGAGCAGCUCAUUGGGAAGUAUGCAUGGAGGAUUCGGUGCGCUGAGCAUGACGAACGGCUCCUCGGCGAAGAGCAAAAGUGUGGAUAUCAAGAAGACGAAGAACGGGAAGCGGAAAAGUGGGACGGGAGGACAUGGCAGCCCGCUGACUAGCUCGGUGCAGGAGAAGUUCAGAGGCUUUUCUUACUCUGGGGGCGAGAGCCUGCGGGACGAGAUGGAUAUGCGAACGAAGAUAAAUGGGAAUGCGAAGAGCGAUGACGAAGGACAGUCAGGCCCGGAGCCAACGACGGAGGAUGAAUACGAGGACUUCUCGAGAAGCGCAGGACGGUAUGCGAGAGGGAAGAGACGAGGACUUGGAUUUACAGAGGUGGAGUGA